CUAUAGAUGUUUCAUAUAAUAUUAUUUAAUUUAGUCAGCCUGAAUAUUGAGUAUUUUUUAAUUAAAUUUAAUUUUUUUGUUAUAUCAUACUACUAAUGUGAUAUCCUUUAUAUAUUGCAACUUUUGAAAAGGAAACCAGAAGAAAUGGUUCCGACCAAGUAUAUGUAGUUCCGCACUGUGAGUGUUCAUUUGGAUCAAAGCAAAUCUAUAAAUUUCACGCCCCAGAAAACAACUUAGGAAAAGCUAAUUAGUUUCUUAAUGAGCCUACAGAAUGCUCAGAAUAGAAAUUCCGAUCAAUUCCAGUUUACUAUUUCGUACAAGGGAGAAAUGUCAUUAAUUAAUAGUAGAUAUUUAGUAGUCAGAACAAAGUGCAACGCAAGCAUCAAACCUUGUUGCAUUGUCCGUCGAUUUUCCAGUAUUUAUUGCCAAUUUAAGUCAUAAACCCAGGCCAAAUAAUGUAAACCGGUUUCAGAAUCGGAUUAAGCGCGCUAGUCAAGAUCGCUUGAUACUAGUAGAUACCUUGAUGGCCGGAGUUGGAGAGCCACUUCGUGACCGGAGCUCGCUUGGAAUGGUCCGAUCAAGUUGGUCGAAAGUGAGAGUACUCCCGUUGCUGUGGUUCCUGCUCCAGGGGAUUCCCCUGCUAGCCAUUCGCCUGAAGCCCUGCGAACUGGCCGGCCAGCUGUACAUACUAGAUGUCCCGAAAUCUGAGCUGCCCCUGUGGCUCUGCAUCGCGGAGUUUGAGAGUCGAUUCAACACCCACGUGGUGGGUCAGGCCAACACAGAUGGCUCAAGGGAUUACGGACUCUUUCAGAUCAGCGAUCGCUACUGGUGUGCACCUCCGAAUCGGACGGAAUACUACGCAUUCAACGAUUGCAAUGUGAAUUGCACUCGCCUGCUGAGCGACGACAUCACCAUGGCCGUUCAGUGCGCCCGGCUCAUCCAGAAACAACAGGGUUGGACGGCCUGGUCCGUCUACCCGGAGUUCUGCAAUGGAACUUUGGAAGCCAUCGACGAGUGUUUCCAGCCGAGCAAUGCCACAGAUUGCUUGACCAGCGAGAUGGAAGAGGUCAAAGAUUGUUAGAGAUAGUCUUCCCAUUAUGUCAUCACUGCCGAAAUAUGUGAAUUUGUGUAUGCAAAAUUAAAAGCUUAAUUACCGUUUAUA